AUGUACUCUUUACCUGCAGCAGCUCACUAAAGUUUAUUUCUGCUGCAGUAUUUAAAGUGAAAGUGAGGCACCACUUUAUACAGACAUCUGCCUGUGGGACAGAUUCAUUCUCACCUCUCCAGAAGAAAGCAAGCAUCUAACAUGGAUAGAGACACUGCUAUGAAAGAGUUUGAAGACCUGGUAGAAAAAAUAAAAGAAAUGCCAGUAGAAGAGACAUACUUUAUGUAUAAGGGAAUCCCGUAUCCUUCAGUAGUAACUUCUCUAGAAACCUUACAGGCACUGGACACUUUUGAAGCCAGGGCAGAUGACAUUUUACUGAUGUCAUAUCCAAAAUGUGGAUUUAACUGGAUGUUUCACAUCUUAAACAGUCUUGCUAUUACUGCUGGUACAACCGAAAAAGGAAAUGAAAUGAUGCCACCUUUGCUGGAAUUCAGAAAACCCGAAAAUCUUCAGGUUUUUUCUAGCAUGCCUUCUCAAAGAAUCCUGGGAACACAUUUGCAUCCUGAUAAUCUUCCAAGUUCAUUCUUUGAGAAGAAAGUUAAGAUUUUGACUAUGAUACGAAAUCCCAAAGACGCUGCUGUUUCUUUUUACCAUUUCCUGCAUAACCCCGUUGUGGGGUUUAAGAAGCUGGUAUGGGAUGAAUUUUUCUCUAUGUUUAUGGAGGGAAAAGCUUUCUAUGGCUCCUACUUUGACUGCAUAUCAGCUUGGAACAAGAAGAUCAAUGAUGAAAAUGUACAUAUUGUAGUAUAUGAAGAGCUGAAAAAAAACAUGUUAGAAGAAGUGAAGAAAACUGCCAAGUUCUUCAAUUUCACACUAACUGAAGAGCAGAUUCAGUCAAUCUGCAGUAGGAGUACAUUUAAAUCAAUGAAGGAAAACUCUAUGAAUACCCAUGGCAAAUUAGGCACAAUUAUAUUCAGGAAAGGUGAUAUUGGUGACUGGAAAAACUAUUUGACUGAAGAACAAAGCAAGGCUGUAGAUCUCAAAUUUGAGAAGCACCUUGCAGGAACAAAGAUUGGAGACCUUCUGAAAUAUGAUGAAUAUUGUAAAUGAAAGUAAAAAAAAAGAAAUCCUCUGUAUUGAUCAGUAAUAAUUUUGGAAAUGAUUGCUCUUGCUCUGUUUUAAAAUGACAGCCUUAUAAUUUAAAUAAUACUGUUCAAAAUAAAUGACAGGGUUUCUUAUGUUUUAUGACCUUUACAUGUUGCUUUCUGCCUAAUUAAAUAAAAAAAAAUUGUUACUCUGCCACACAUAUGACUAUAAACAUUACAAUCUAUAAGGGAGUUGAAUUCACAUAUUUGAUUUAUGAAACUACUUUUUCCUUUAUAUGGAGACAACAAUCAGAGUCUACAACUCAAACAUCAGCUACAAUGAAGAAGCGCACAGGAUGAGUUUAGAUUUACCACUCAACCUAAUCUACAUGUGUCUGAAUUGCACAGAAUCUCAAAAAGCUCAGGCAGAACACAUUUGAACCUCUGCACAAGGUUUUUCUCCUGGAACUCUGGAUGUCUUCACACAACUAAAUUUUAUAUGCUUUAGGUUGAUUUCUGUUUCUAAAUUCGCCCUGUGCAAAUGUGGGAUUAUGACUGAUCCCUGGGAUAGAUUUGCACCCUAUUCUGCUUGGUUCCUGCCUUGCACUCAGUGGUGCCUGCUUAGGGCUUGGCUACCCAUGACCCUGAAUUGUACUAAAUGGGUCUGACUAUGUUUUGCUUGUGCAAUUGGUAUUAUUAAUUUACAAGGCCAAGUGCUUCCAAACUGUACUGGAAGCAGAGUACAGCAAAACUGGAAUGUGAAGUGCAGAUGUCAUUGGUGAAGACCUCUUUACCUGGCAAGCAUAUUGUGCAAAUGAUACAGAAAUCACAGCCCAAGAUAAUGCUUUAAGAUUUUUUAUCUGCAUUGCUCUUCAUAAGUCUCCUGCCUUACUAUUCCUCAGACAGCCUCCUAGGAUUGAUAGGAUGAAGAGGAAGGUUGCCGUCAGUCUGGCAUCCUUUAGAUGACA